CCUAACAGAGUUUGGGGCAACGCCAUUUGGAAUAGAAGAAGAAGAAUAGCAACACAUUCUUUUUCUCGUGAAUAAAACUGAUACGAUUGACACUUAUAAAAAAGUCAGCGUUAUGUGCGAGAUUGUUUAUGACAAGAACUGCUCCAAGUUUCAGAUGGGUGAAAACAGCAUUGACAUUCCACGAUCCUCGUCACCUCCAAGCCAGAGGAAUACUAUGAAACGUCAAAAACUCAACUCAUCGAUUUCAAGCAGUGCCGCUGCAUUUGAAUUAGAAUGCCGACAUCUCAGGACAGAAGUGAUGACCCUAAGCGCAAAAUUAGUUCAGAUGGAAGUUGCUGUCAAUCAGCAUCACGAGAUACAAAAGCAAAUGGAAGAUACUCAUCAGAAGACACGAGCGGAAAUGCAAAAACUCUUCGAGGAGGAGAAAAAUAUCCUGCAGGUGCAGGUGAAUGCGGACAAGGUGAAGAUAGCACAAUUGCAAGAGGAACUGAAAGCGUCACUGAGGCGUACAAAUGAAGCCCGUAAAGCCCAAGUAGCUGCGGAAGCCAAGCUCUCCCGAUUGGUGAUCUUCCUCGAUCGGCAACAGGUAGCAAUGCACAGUGUCUUGAACGCUGAAGGACUUCCCUCUCUAUUAAGGGUUUUGGAAUAUGACUCAGAGAUGCAGACAGCAGUCAAACGUGAAGAGGAAGACCUGGUUGAUAGGCACGCAAUAUUGGAGAUUAAUUCCACGCCCAAGCCGGCAUUGAACCCUCGAAACAUAAAACCCAAAGACGAGAGUCGUUUAAUUCAAACGUUCAAUGCAAGUAAAUCUCGCCCUGAGAAACACAAGUCUCUUAAAACAACAGAAAAAGGUGGAGAAAAACUUGAAGACAGACCAGCAUUGGUAGAUAAUGCUUUACCUUUACUUCCUAUCCAGGAACAAAUACCCAUCGUGCAACAGAAAUCGAACGAUGCAGGAAGCAGUAAACAACAGGGUAUGGAAGAGCAGGAGGAUGGAGUAUCCAGCUCGAGAGUCUCCAGGUCUCAAUCAAGCGAGAGAGGUACAUGUCCAACAGCUUCGAAGAAUGGGGCCGUCAAUCGCCUGCAGGCAGGGACAGUUUCGAGACAGAAAGAAACAGAAAGGUCGCACUCUAGUGAUGACGUAGAGUCUUUAGUGAGAGGAUGGGAUAAAAAAGAUUCAUAUAUACCUUCAAGUUGGUCUCAGUUCCUUUCAGAAAAUGCACAAAAUUCUCCAGGAGUGAGAAGUGAUACAGAACAUUCUUGUCCACCAGGUUUAAAUAUAAAAAAAUCUCCAUCUAGACCAUUGAAUGUGGGGAAGGCCCAUCACGUUCUUGUCUCCAGUCGAUUCUUCAAAAUUAAUUGGGACAAACAGUACAACCAACCUAAAGAGGGCAGAUGGGUUUGCAACAGAUGCUCCCGUUCUUUUAAGUCCUCAGCGCGAGUAAUAGAUCAUGUUUGGGUUGAACAUUAUGGAGGGAAUUAUGAGUGUCCCCAUUGUCGUCCAACUGGCAUUAAAACUUUGUUCAAAGUCAGCAACAGCAUCAGAAAGCACAUUCUCAAGAAACAUCCUGAUUCACGUGAAUCGAGACUCUGAGGAUUCAGCUAAGCUGUUGGUCUUCCAGACUUCUUCAUUUAUGGACAUUCGCAUAAAAAGGGCUCUCUUUGCUUAUUCGAGUUUCUCAGAUAUUCACACUUUUGUUUCCACAACUCCCAUUUAAAUAAUGUUGAGGAUUUUUUGAUCCCCUCUAACGACGUCGUUUUUGACGCAAUGAAAGUCAUUUUGGGAUUAAAAUAUGUAGAAUGUUAUCGAAGUGUACAUUUAUUCUUUUUCACCACUCAGAUCGGGAAACACUAUUGUUUAACACUCGGCCGUGAAGCAGUUUUCUGCGUCAUAUGAUUGCAAACUAGCCUUCGGCUUCUUCUGCAACCUCACAGUCGCUAAAGCUGCCCACGAUCUCGUAAUGGAGUAACUAUAAUUCAGUAGCGAAGUGGUAAUAUAGAUAAGUCAAUUUUGACUAUUGACCACUUUUCAAUCAAUA